AUGGAAGCAGGCACCAGUAGUGGAGUGGAUUGCAGUCACCGGGAGGAGGAGGAGGAGGAGCAGGGCCAAGGGCCCAGGCUGCGGAGCGAGGCAGGAGCGAGCCGCAAGCCCCCGGUCAUGCUGCGGGCGCUGCUGCUCCUCGCUGCCGCCGCCUCCCUCCUCGGCCCCGGUGCCCCGGGCUCGGCGCACCCCGGGAGGAAGAACCCGCCCGGCUUUGCGGUCCAGAGGCGCCGCUUGGGUCCCCACGUCUGCAUCUCCGCCUUGGGCAGCGGAUGCUGUCCCGGGUGGAUGCUGGCCCCGGGCAGCGGGCAGUGCACCCUGCCCCUGUGCCCCUUCGGCUGCGGCUCUGGGCUCUGCAUCGCUCCCAACCUCUGCUCCUGCCCCGAUGGCGAGCAGGGCAUCACCUGCGCAGAGCCCCCGGGGACGUGCGGGGAGUACGGCUGCGACCUGGCCUGUAACCAGGGUGGGUGCCAGGAGGUGGCCCGCGUCUGCCCGCUCGGCUUCUCCAUGGUGGAGACCUCCAACGGGAUCCGCUGCACCGACAUCGACGAGUGCCUGAGCGCGGCCUGCGAGGGGCGCUGCGUGAACACCGAGGGCGGCUUCGUCUGCGAGUGCGGCCCCGGGAUGCAGCUCUCUGCCGACCGGCACCGAUGCCGGGACACAGAUGAGUGCUUGGCCACCCCAUGCCAGCAUCACUGCAAGAACAGCAUCGGCAGCUACCGCUGCUCCUGCCGGCCCGGGUACCAUCUCCAUGGGAACAGGCACUCCUGUGUGGAUGUCAACGAGUGCCGGAGGCCCGGGGAGCGCCGUGCGUGCCAGCACUCCUGCCACAACACCCCAGGCAGCUUCCAAUGCUCCUGCCGGCCUGGGUACCGCCUCAGUGGGGAUAGGGUGUCCUGUGAAGGUUACCCCAAAUCCAUCCUGGCGCCAUCGCCCAUCCUUCAAUCCCUGCAGCAUCCUCCCACCCUGCUCCUGCUCCCUCCGCCUGGAUCCGGAGCAUCCCUAUUGGUCCCCAGGGGCUCCCCUUCAUCCCAGCUCCCCGCUGCGGCUCCCGGGACCCAAUUCCCUCCUUCCUCUCCGGUGUUCCCAGCAACGGAGCCAUCCCAACACGGAGCUCCUGCAUCCUCCACCCCAUCAGCCCCGCGCUGCUGGGACCGGGGCAUCCCAAGGGAUCCCGGUGCUCGAUGGAUGGAGCCGGGAUGCAGGAGCUGCUCCUGCCUGGGGGGACAAGUGCUCUGUGAGGCCGUGACCUGCCCCACUGUGCCCUGUUCCCAUCCAUUGCCUGCUCCGAGCGGGAGCUGCUGCCCCACUUGUGCAGGCUGCCUGCACGAAGGGGUGGCCCGGGCUGAGGGUGACGUCUUCUCCUUGUCCGAUGGGAACUGCACCGUCUGUGUCUGCCUGGCUGGGAACAUCUCCUGCAUCUCCCCCGAGUGCCCCCCUGGCUCCUGCCCCAGCUCCUCCUCAUCCGACUGCUGCUCCUGCCAGCCCGCCAAGUGCAGCUUUCGGGGUCGGACGUACGCGCACGGUGCCCGCUUCAGCCUGGAUGAGGAUGAGUGCACCACCUGCGUCUGCAGGGCUGGCGAGGUCGAGUGCUCCUUCGCCCCCUGCCCUGCCCUCGAUUGUCCCCAGCACCAGCAGCAGCUGAGCCCCGGGCAGUGCUGCUUCAGCUGCAGGGAGACCCCGGCCCCUGCCGGCUGCUUCCUGGAUGACAACGGCGUGGAGCUCCCCAUUGGACAGAUCUGGUCUCCGGGCGAUCCCUGUGAGUUAUGCAUCUGCCAGGCUGAUGGCUCCGUGAGCUGCAAGAGGACAGACUGCGUGGAGACGUGUCCCUAUCCCAUCCGCAUCCCUGGGCAGUGCUGCCCCGACUGCUCCGCGGGCUGCACUUACAUGGGGAGGAUCUUCUACAACAACGAGACCUUCCCCUCCGUCCUGGACCCGUGCCUCAGCUGCAUCUGCCUGUUGGGAUCAGUGGCCUGCUCCCCCAUGGACUGUGCCAUCUUCUGCACGUACCCCUUCCACCCCGAGGGCGAGUGCUGCCCUGUCUGCAACGACUGCAACUACCAAGGUCGGAAGGUGGGGAAUGGCCAAAGCUUCACCCCCGAGGGCCAGCCCUGCACCCGCUGUACCUGCCAGCUCGGGGAGGUGAGCUGCGAGCAGAGGCUGUGCCCCCGGUCCUGCGCGGAGCUCGCUGCGCCCUGCCCGGCUCCAGCCACAGACGUCCGGCUCCCGCUGCAGAGCAGUGACCUGGCCCCAUCCCCAUCAUCCCCAUCCGCAUCCCCAUCCCCAUCCCCAUCCCGGGCUGGGGACCCCCCCGAGGCCACGCUGAGCCCCUCGGGGCACCCAUCUCUGCCCCCCAAUGCCCCCUCUGAGGCCGGAGCCCCCCCGGCUCCCACAGGCAGCCCCAGAGCUCAGGGACCCCCCAGGGACACGGAGGGCAGAGGGGAUGCCCCAUAG